UCUUUCUUUCUUUCUCUUUUCCUUUUCUUUCUUUCUCUAACACUCUCUCUUUGUUUGAUGUGAUUCUCCACUACAAUUAUCCCCCAAAAAACGCAACAAACUUUUACAAAAGGAAAAGAAAGAUCAAGAAAUCAUGGUUUUUACCUCCAUCCCAGCUUAUCUUGAUCCAGCCAACUGGCAACAACAUCCAAAUCAUCAAGCUGGUCCUAGUAGCAGUGCAAGCCACCAUCAGCUUCCUCCUCCACCACAACCACCUCAACUACCACAUGGAGGAGGUGCAGCUGGCUCGAUCCGGCCCGGUUCAAUGGCUGAUCGAGCUCGUUUGGCCAACAUACCGAUGUCAGAAGCAGCAUUAAAAUGCCCUAGAUGCGAAUCAACAAACACAAAGUUUUGCUACUUCAACAACUACAGUCUCACACAACCUCGUCACUUUUGCAAAACUUGUAGAAGGUACUGGACUAGAGGAGGUGCCCUAAGAAAUGUUCCAGUUGGAGGUGGCUGCCGUAGGAACAAACGAAGCAAAGGAAGUAGCUCGAAAUCUCCGGUCAGCGGUGACCGACAAACAGCUUCUGGUUCCUCAAGUGCAAUUUCUUCAAACAGUACUGGAAGAACUGAUAUUUUAGGCCUUGGACCUCAGAUUCCUCCACUGAGGUUCAUGGCUCCUUUUCAUCAUCUUACUGAAUCUGGUGCUAGUGAUAUUGGGUUGAAUUAUGGGACAAUUUCAGCUCCACUUGGAGGAACUAAUGACCUAGGUUUUCAAAUAGGAAGUGCUUUAGCUAGUGGAGCUGGCGGGGUUGGGGGUGGUGCUGCUGCUCCUGGUACUUCUCUUUUGACUAUGAACGGUUUGGAUCAAUGGCGGCUACAUCAAGCGCAGCAGUUUUCCUUCCUAGGAGGCUUGGAAUCUUCUUCUGGCUUGUACCAAUUUGGCAGUGUAGGUGUUGAGCCAUCGGGUUAUGGAGCUGGUCAUCAGGUUCGGCCUAAGAUAUCAAGCUUAAUAGCAACCCAGAUGGCUUCAGUGAAAAUGGAAGAUAAUAAUAAUCAGCAGGAACUGAAUUUGUCGAGGCAAUUUUUGGGGGUUCCAGGAAAUGAUCAGUACUGGGGUGGAACUGCAUGGACAGAUAUUUCCAGUUUCAGCUCUUCAUCCACUAGCAAUCCAUUAUAGAUUUGGUUCUCUCUCUCUCUCUCUGUCUCUCUUGUUUCAAGUGCUGAAGCUUCGGUUUUUUUGUCAGUACAGUAGCUUCAAUUAAAGAAAAAUUAACUAUGAAGACAAAGUUACUUUCCAACUCCAUAUGGCAUCAAUGAUCAAACCUCCAGACACCUUAUCCAAGAAGGAUCCUCGAGUACUUGGUUCCAUAAAAAUCGAGUAAAACCCUAGUAUUGGUAGCCUUUGUUUUAGUAGAAUUGGUAGAUUUCAAUUCAUGAGUAUGUUUUCCAUAGUAAGUGCAUGUAUCAGUUUAUAGAGCUUGUAAUAGGCAUAUACCUACUGAUGAUAUGCAUUGCGCAAAAUAUAUCUGUUUAAAUCCUAUAAUUUGACAAUUAAUGCCUCUUGAUAAU